GCUAAUGUCGUCUCUCCCUCCUUGUGUCUACUAACAAGGAAUCCUUCCUGGCCCUAACCCAGAUUUUGGGACCAUUUUCUGAGUUGAAAGUGCCACGAUGGGACUAUGAUGUCCCAGGUCCUCUGCCCGGUCCUGAGAAGAGGAAUAUUAAUUCCAGCAGCAAGGCGGGGAAACGGCAGAGCUGUGAGCUCCAGCUGUCUGUCAGUGUUCUUCAGGUCUCUGCAGCGAUGCUCCUGGGUCACAGAUAAGCUCUGUGCACUGAGGAGUGUAUGCACGGCCGCUGUGUCUCCCCCGAUACCUGCCACUGUGAACCUGGAUGGGGAGGUCCUGACUGCUCUAGCGGCUGCGACAGCGAGCACUGGGGUCCCCACUGCAGCAACCGAUGUCAGUGUCAGAACGGCGCCCUGUGCAACCCUAUCACCGGCGCCUGCGUGUGCGCCCCCGGCUUCCGAGGCUGGCGCUGUGAAGAACUCUGCGCGCCCGGUACUCACGGCAAGGGCUGCCAGCUGCUCUGUCAGUGCCACCACGGCGCCAGCUGCGACCCGCGCACUGGCGAGUGCCUCUGCGCACCUGGCUACACAGGCGUUUACUGUGAGGAGCUGUGCCCCGCUGGGAGUCAUGGAGCCCACUGUGAGCUACGCUGCCCCUGCCAGAAUGGAGGCACCUGCCACCACAUCACUGGCGAGUGUGCCUGCCCACCAGGCUGGACGGGAGCAGUGUGUGCCCAGCCCUGCCCACCAGGGACUUUUGGCCAGAACUGUAGCCAGGACUGUCCCUGUCACCAUGGAGGCCAGUGUGACCAUGUGACUGGACAAUGCCACUGUACAGCUGGAUACAUGGGGGACAGGUGUCAAGAGGAAUGUCCCUUCGGAACAUUCGGUUUCCUGUGCUCUCAACGCUGUGACUGCCACAAUGGAGGCCAAUGUUCACCAGCCACUGGUGCCUGUGAGUGUGAACCUGGCUACAAGGGCCCUAGCUGCCAGGAGCGGCUAUGCCCCGAGGGCCUGCAUGGCCCAGGCUGCACUUUGCCCUGCCCCUGUGACACUGAGAACACUAUCAGCUGCCAUCCAGUUACUGGAGCUUGUACCUGCCAACCAGGCUGGUCUGGCCACUACUGCAAUGAGUCCUGCCCUGCUGGCUACUAUGGCAACGGUUGCCAGCUACCCUGCACCUGCCAGAACGGAGCUGACUGCCACAGCAUCACCGGGAGCUGCUCUUGUGCCCCGGGCUUCAUGGGCGAGGUGUGUGCCAUCCCCUGUGCUGCAGGGACCUAUGGUCCCAACUGUUCAUCUGUAUGUAGCUGUAGCAAUGGCGGCACCUGUUCCCCUGUGGAUGGCUCCUGCACCUGCCGCGAGGGAUGGCAGGGCCUGGACUGCUCCCUGCCUUGUCCCACUGGGACCUGGGGCCUGAACUGCAAUGAGACUUGCGUCUGUGCCAAUGGAGCUGCCUGCAGCCCCUUCGAUGGCUCCUGCGCCUGUACCCCAGGCUGGCUGGGGGACUCCUGCGAACUGCCCUGCCCGGACGGCACAUUCGGGCUGAACUGCAGUGAGCACUGUGACUGCAGCCAUGCUGAUGGCUGUGACCCUGUCACAGGCCACUGCUGCUGCCUGGCAGGAUGGACAGGCAUCCGCUGUGAUAGUACUUGCCCCCCAGGUCGCUGGGGCCCCAACUGUUCAGUGUCCUGCAGCUGUGAGAAUGGAGGCUCCUGUUCCCCAGAGGAUGGGAGCUGCGAGUGUGCCCCUGGCUUCCGAGGACCCUUAUGCCAGAGAAUCUGCCCACCAGGAUUCUACGGCCAUGGCUGCGCCCAGCCUUGUCCCCUCUGCGUGCACAGCAGGGGGCCCUGCCACCACAUCAGUGGUAUCUGUGAGUGCCUGCCAGGAUACUCUGGAGCCUUGUGCAACCAAGUGUGUGCUGGAGGGCACUUUGGGCAGGACUGUGCCCAGCUCUGUUCCUGUGCCAACAAUGGGACCUGCAGCCCCAUCGAUGGCUCCUGUCAGUGCUUCCCUGGGUGGAUUGGCAAGGACUGCUCACAAGCCUGCCCAUCUGGGUUCUGGGGCUCUGCCUGCUUCCACACAUGCAGCUGCCACAACGGGGCGAGCUGCAGCGCGGAGGAUGGGGCCUGCCACUGCACCCCUGGCUGGACUGGACUCUUCUGCACGCAGCGUUGCCCUGCAGCAUUUUUUGGGAAGGAUUGUGGGCACAUAUGCCAGUGUCAGAAUGGAGCCAGCUGUGACCACAUCACUGGGAAAUGCACCUGUCGAACAGGCUUCUCCGGGCGCCACUGUGAACAGAGAUGUGCCCCUGGAACCUUUGGCUAUGGAUGUCAGCAGCUGUGUGAGUGCAUGAACAAUGCCACUUGUGACCACGUCACUGGUACAUGUUACUGCAGCCCAGGAUUCAAAGGAAUCAGGUGUGACCAAGCUGCCCUCAUGAUGGAUGAGCUGAAUCCCUACACCAAGAUCAGUCCAGCUCUGGGAGCAGAGCGGCACUCAGUGGGUGCUGUCACAGGCAUCAUCCUCCUGUUGUUCCUGGUUGUGGUAUUGCUGGGCCUGUUUGCCUGGCGACGGAGGCGGCAGAAAGAGAAAGGACGUGACCUGGCUCCCCGUGUCUCCUACACCCCAGCCAUGAGGAUGACCAGCACAGACUACUCUCUCUCAGAUUUGUCUCAAAGUAGCAGCCACGCCCAGUGCUUUUCCAAUGCCAGCUACCACACACUGGCGUGUGGGGGGCCUGCCACCAGCCAGGCCAGCACUCUGGACAGGAACAGCCCCACCAAGCUCAGUAACAAGUCCCUUGACAGAGACACAGCAGGCUGGACCCCCUACAGCUAUGUGAACGUGUUAGACUCCCAUUUCCAGAUCAGUGCCCUGGAGGCCAGGUACCCGCCCGAGGACUUCUACAUUGAACUUAGACACCUCAGCCGCCAUGCUGAGCCACACUCACCAGGCAGUUGCGGAAUGGACAGACGUCAGAACACAUACAUUAUGGACAAAGGCUUCAAAGAUUACAUGAAAGAGUCUGUGUGCAGUUCUAGCACUUGUUCCUUGAACAGCAGUGAAAACCCUUACGCCACAAUUAAGGACCCACCCAUCCUCACCUGCAAGCUUCCAGAAAGCAGUUAUGUAGAAAUGAAGUCACCUGUGCACAUGGGGUCUCCGUACACAGAUGUGCCAUCCUUGUCGACAUCUAAUAAAAAUAUAUAUGAAGUUGGUAGGUGUCUCACAUAACUUAGCAAAACCAGGGCAACAGUGCAGCAUCAAGUGAAAACAAGCCCUCCUCCACUCACUCACUCUCCAUAACACACCCUUCUGUUUGGUUGCAUUUGAAGGAACCUGAGGAGAAACUCUGUCCCAGGACUGCCCUUCCCCUCUAAUGCAGGAAACCAAAAUCCUGUGCCACCCUGCUUACAAAUCACAACUGAUAAGUAGUAGAAACAGUGAGGGUGGAGAACCAGUGUACAACACUUCAACUACUGUU